GAAGCUGUCUUUACGUCACAUUUAUAUGGCAAAACCACCAGUUGUUUACUUCCAAAGGUCAUUGUACAUGCAGUUGUUAAAAGGAAAGCGCCCUGCAUUAGAAACACAAUAUUCACUCUUCAAAACUCUUCAGAUCUGACAAAUCAGACUUCCACAAUGAAAUACUUGGCUCUGGCUCUGCUCCUGUGCGCUCUGCUGUCACUGACAAAUAGUCAGUGCUUUGUUAAGCCUCAGAAAUAUGGUAUGACCCAUUGUAAGGAUGAUAUGGAUGAGACAUGGCAUGCAGUGGGAUCUAAAUGGAGAAACAGUAAAUGCUGGGACUGUACUUGCCAAGGAUGCUGUGCUGCGUAUGCCACCCCACGACAGUUCCCCGACGACUGUGUGUCAGUGUUUGACUCAAAGAGAUGUGAAUAUGUAGUGCACAAGAGAGAUAACCCAACAGAACUAUGCCCAAUUUUUGCUGCAACGGGAAAGUGAUUCAAUCAAUAUUUAGACUCUUGAAUAAAAAUCCAUAAAUAUGUCUUUGGUGAGUACCACUGAAUGCAAAAACAACUAAAUGAAAUUAUUAAAAGAAAAA